CCGUCUCCCGGGGGCUGGAGGUCUGGAUUCUAAUGGUUUUUUUCCCUCCCGCCAAGGAAAAAGUGGAUUAGCCUCGCCGUUAACUCUUACCCGAUCCUUGCCCGCCUUCCAUCUCCAUUUGGGGAGGGCGCACAGACCCCCUUUUUCUCCGAGGAGGUUUCCCUUCCGUUUCGGCGUUUGGAUUUGGCAUUUUUCGCCUUUCACUGAGGGGGGGUUGCAAGAAUUUGAGACCUCCCCCCACCCCUUGUCCCUUUUCCCCCCUCCGUCCAAAAAACCCCCUCUCCACUCCAUGGUCCAGGUGGAAAUGUUGAGUCUUGGGAAAGAGAGCUGGAUUGGAGCAAUUCUCUCAGCCUUGGCUACCAUCCUGCUAGUCUGUUCUGCACAAAGUUCAUCUGUUGGGAACAUCUCGGUUGUGAAGAAAACAGUGGACAAGUUGCUGAAGGGCUAUGACAUCCGCUUACGGCCAGACUUUGGAGGUCCUCCAGUCACCGUGGGGAUGAGUAUCCAUAUUUCCAGCAUUGACCAGAUUUCAGAGGUCAACAUGGACUACACCAUCACCAUGUAUUUUCAGCAGAGUUGGCGGGACAAGCGUUUGGCCUAUUCCGCCCUGCCCCUGAAUCUCACACUGGAUAACAGAGUGGCCGACCAUCUUUGGCUCCCGGAUACAUACUUUCUGAAUGACAAAAAGUCGUUUCUACACGGAGUCACGGUCAAGAAUCGAAUGAUAAGAUUGCACCCAGAUGGUACAGUGCUCUAUGGGUUAAGAAUUACAACAACUGCUGCCUGUAUGAUGGAUCUGCGCAGAUAUCCCCUGGACCAGCAGAACUGCACCCUGGAGAUAGAGAGCUACGGUUACACAACGGACGACAUUGAAUUCUUCUGGCAGGGGGGUGAAGAAGUGGCCGUGACUGGGGUGUCUGCCUUGGAAUUGCCACAGUUCACGAUUAUCGAAACCAGACUGGUUACUAGGAAAGUUGUGUUUACAACUGGUUCCUAUCCCCGUCUGUCUCUGAGUUUUCGCAUUAAGAGGAACAUUGGAUAUUUCAUUCUUCAGACCUAUAUGCCAUCCGUCUUGAUUACUAUACUGUCUUGGGUAUCCUUCUGGAUCAACUAUGAUGCUUCUGCAGCUAGGGUAGCACUAGGAGUCACUACUGUACUCACUAUGACCACGAUUAAUACCCACCUGAGGGAAACCCUGCCCAAAAUCCCCUAUGUGAAAGCGAUUGACGUGUAUCUGAUGGGAUGUUUUGUGUUCGUGUUCCUGGCUCUGUUGGAAUAUGCUUUUGUAAAUUACGUGUUCUUUGGCCGGGGCCCUCAGCAGCAGAAGAAGUUAAACGAGCGGACAAAUAAAUCGAUAAAUGAUAGGCAACGCUACGAAGAAAGGAGAUUAAGAGAACAGGUUGACCCUUACGGAAACAUUCUUCUGAGCACCCUUGACAUGAGCAGCGAGUUGAUGUCAGCCGAGAUGGGAAGCAGCAUCGGUGAUUCCCGGAACUCCGUCCUGUCAUACGACACCUCAGGGAUCCAGUUCCGCAAGCAGCUAACAUCUAGAGGGGACACUUUUGGCCAGACUCCCCUGGAGCGCCACGUUCCUCUAGCAGCCACACGUGGACGUGCCAACUGCCGCCUCCGGCGACGCUCCUCUAAGUUAAAGCUUAAGAUCCCAGACCUGACAGAUGUCAGCACCAUCGACAAAUGGUCCCGGGUCAUUUUCCCCAUCACGUUUGGAUUUUUUAACUUGGUUUACUGGAUGUACUACGUCAACUGAAGCAUCUCCAUCAGCCCCCUUCACCCUAAGCUGUGCACACCCUUUUCCUUCCACAGGACACGAGCUUCACCUAAAAAAAAA